AUGUUUUUCAAAUUUAUCUUAUUUCUUUUAUUAAUAAAUAAAACACAUAGUUUGAAAUGUAUGAAAUCAAGUCCAUCAAAUUGUAUUUAUAAUUCAACAUGUUUGUACAAAGAAAAAGAAUGUAAAGAAGAUGGUUCAUCAAAUGUUCGUGGAGGAACUUUUUGUUCAACAUUGAUCAAAAUUCAAAAUAAUGAAAUUUUGAUUGGUGAUAUGGAUUGUAUGUUCGAUCAAGAAACAACAAAACCAUGUAAAAACCAAUCACGGUGUCAAAUGAAAUUAACAAGAAAAAAUGAUUCAUAUCUGCAUUGUUGUUGUGAUCAAUCAUUUUGUAAUCGAAAUUUCAUUAUACAAAAAUGGUCGGACAUAGAAACCAAAGCUGAUCACAAAACAAAAGCAAAUUCAUUGGUGGAUCAAUUAAAAUCACAUUGGAUAUUUCUAUUAAUGAUUCUCAUUGGAAUCAUUGCGUUCUUAAUCUUGGUUUUAUUUAUUUAUCGAAAUUGUUUAACUCGUUCAAAGAAAAUUCUUGGCAUUUUUACAUUAAAGACAAAACAUACAAACGAAUUUAUUGAAGAAAAACAGAAGAUUUUAGAAGAACCAAUUGAUGAUCGAAAAAUUUCAUUUAAUGAAAUUCAAUUGGGCGAUUUGAUCAAAGAAGGAAGAUUUGCUAUGGUUUAUCGAGGUUUUUAUCAACAAACACCAAUUGCAAUUAAAAUUUUAUCUGAUUCAUCAAUCAACAAUGAAGGGAAAAAAUUAUUUUUAAAUGAAAAACAAAUUUAUUCGUUACCUUUUAUGAAUCAUCAAAAUCUUCUCAAAUAUUACGGUUAUUCAAUGGAUAUGAAUAAAUAUUAUCUAUUAAUCGAAUUGAGUUUCAAUGGAUCAUUACGUGAUGUUCUUCGUUCACGUAUGUUAAAUGAUGAAAAUGAAUUGAUAUUUUUAUGUAAAGAAAUCUCAAAUGGUCUUGCAUAUCUUCAUCAUGAUUUUCCUUCCAUAAAAGCCUCCCAUCCACCCAUUGCACAUCGAGAUUUAAAAUCCGACAAUAUUCUUUAUGUAAACAAUGAAAGAGUUGUUCUUUGUGACUUUGCUAUGUCACUUAAACUUGAUCAAAAUCAAAAUUAUCCCAAUGAACAACAACAAAUUGGAACACCACGUUACAUGUCACCUGAAUUAUUAUCAGGAAUUAUUGGUUAUGAAACAAGUGCACUACUCAAAUGUGAUGUUUACGCACUGGGAAUUAUCUUUUGGGAGAUUUUAUCAAGAUUUCAAGAUCAAACUGUUACCGAAUAUGAAUUACCAUUUGAAAGUCAAUUACGUCAACGUGGUUUCAGUUUAAAUCCAUCAAUCAAUGAAAUGUUUCAAAUCAUCAGUUUAGAACAACCGAAUAAUCGUCCAUUAACAAAGAAAUUUUGGAAAGAAAAUUCCAAACUCAAUAAAAUUUGUUCAACAAUGGAAGAAUGUUGGGAUCAAUAUCCAGAAGGACGUAUUAGUGCAGCGUUAGUUGCAUCAAGAAUGCAACAAUUUAUUUAA